CACUGUUUUUAUCACCAUGCAUAUACUGUACAUACUUGUCAUUUUACAAGCCUGCGUAUUUGUUUCCAUUGACUGCGAAAAUUCUCCUGUGAAAGAUUUAGCUGACGCUGUACAACGUUUAGGUAAUGAAAUGCAGAAGAGAUUGGAUUCAUUUGCAUCCCUAAUAGAGAAUUAUGGAGAACUUAUGGGUCCUAAACUUAUGACUAAAAGUUCAAAGUCUGGUUGAAUGCUGACUUCAGAGUUAAUCAGCAAAUCUGCAGCUCAGAAAACGAAUAAUAGUUCUCUAACACCCCUCACUUCAUUUUAAUGUAAAUCAAUAAAUG